AUGCAGUUUCAGAAUACACACGGCGCUUAUGACCUUCCUGGGUUUGACGCCAGUACGCAUCGUGGAGACUCAUUGCGCCCGCUUUACCCCCCAUGUCCUCACUGUCCGCAAGGGUCUAUGAAUAAAUGCCAAGAAGCGGCAUGCCCCAUACUAGAUCUCACUUCGCAAUGCACUGACCAGUGUGUCGUCGUCGCCUGUAACGAUCCCACCCACCCUGAACCUAGUUGUCAUGUCCCUGAUGGUGACAUAAUUUGUGACAGCGUGUGCGGCGUUCCCGAUGAGGAGUGCAUCGAUUGUUCUGGUCUUGAGGAAUUGCUGCAAUGCUGUACCGACUACCAUUCAUAUUUUUCUGAGCCAAAGUCACUUGACCCAAGCCUCACACAGUCAAUCGGUGACUUUUGUGGAUGCAGCGAGAGUGAUUAUAGCGAACAACAUAUCUCCCAAUUCUUUUCAGAGCACAGUGGCAUAACCCGACCUUUGGGUGACGUAUCCCCUGAACGCCCAGCAUCAUCCGCUAGCUCAGCAUUUUCUUCACCGCCCAUUUCCCACGCGACCACUCAAUUUCCACCUGUCACCCUGCCACAACACCUGUCGCAGUCCUCACUACCUAUGUUCAAUUGUAUGUGGGCAAACUGCAAGGCCGCCUUCCCAUCUAUGACGGAGUUAGUCGGGCAUGUCAACUUGGACCAUCUCCGCUUCCCAAAUCUAACGGCAGAAUCAGCCCCUCAGCAGGUAUGCUCAGAUUUUUCUCAGGAUCAGCCAUUCAACUUCAACGCUCUGUCAUGCCACUGGGGAGACUGCGCUAUGUACCCCUGUCCAGAAUCAAUUCCAAGCUCUUCGACGACUGCGUUUCCCGAUACUGUCCUUGACGUUCUUACCACGCAUUUGAUGCAAGAUCAUCUUGGUAUCAAUUACCCCUUUCCGCAAUCGACGAUCGUGGGCACUGCACCAUCACAGAAAACUCCCCCUACCCGCUCUCCCUCAAUAGCAUUGCCGAAUACCCUUAACGGAUCGUCCGCAGACACCCCUUCAGAUCCUUCACCUCGGGAUAAGUCUUAUUCGCCAGACUCCUCAUCCACAGACUACGCCGCCAAACCCUGUAAAUGGAUCGGAUGCACGCAAACAUUCUCUUCUCCCGAUGACCUCACAGCACACAUCCUUUCCGCCCACAUCGGCGGCGGCAAAGCGCACUACGAGUGCUGCUGGGAAGGCUGCCCUCGGAAUGGCAAUCAAGGAUUUUCAAGCAAACAGAAAGUCGCACGGCACAUGCAGUCGCACACGGGACACAGACCAUUUAAAUGUAAAGUCUGCGGUUUACAUUUCUCGGAAACGGCUACGCUGCAGCAGCAUAUGCGAAGGCAUACCCAAGAGAAGCCAUACGUCUGCGAUUUUCCCGGGUGCGGGAAGGCGUUUGCUAUUACGGGUGCGCUGACGAUUCACAAGCGGACACACAAUGGCGUCAAGCCGUUCAAGUGCAAGUACUGCGAGAAGGCUUUCACUGAGUCGUCGAAUCUGUCAAAACAUCUACGAACUCACACGGGUGCGCGCCCUUACCCUUGUCCUGAGGAUGGGUGUGGAAAGUCUUUCGCGAGGCCAGAUCAACUUGCGAGACACAUGAGCGUACAUAGAAAGAAGGGCCUAGGGCCGGGAGUGGAAUUUAUCCUUUAA